AUGGCAGCACCGACGGUAAUGCGGAAUUCGGGCCAUGCGAUGCCCGUGGUUGGAAACGCAGUCGAGUCCGCGAUCAAAAAUGGCUACAAGCAUCUGGAUUGUGCAUGGAUGUACCAUAACCAGGAAGAGAUCGGAAAAACAUUGAAAUCUAUUUUCUUCCGGACUGAAGAGAGAAGACAUAUUUAUUACCUCCAAAGUAAGGACUUCAUUCCAUUCAGCAGAGGCUUGCAAGAAACACGUUCUCGAAGUACUGAACCAGCUUCAACUGGAUUACGUCGAUUUGAUGCUGAUACAUUUUCCAAUGGGCUACCUGUUCCCACAAUCACAAUAAGAAAAAUUAGGAACGAUUCGGGUGAGCUCCAGUUCUCCGAGGAAGACUACCUGACCACCUACAAAGUUCUAGAAGAUUUUGUGAAAGAAGGAAAGAUUCGAUCCAUCGGAGUUUCCAAUUUCAAUCUUGGACAGCUGAAGCGAUUACUCGCCAACUGCCAUAUCAAACCAGCAGUGCUACAGGUAGAAGCUCGUCCCUAUCUCCCACAAAAGGAAGUGAGAGAUUUCUGCAAAGAAAAAGGAAUAGCUUUGGUUGCAUACAGCAGACACCUGGUGGACGAUUUCGACUUUGAACUGGAGAGACCGCUUGCGGUAGAGCACUGCCGCUCAGCUCAAUUUCUCUUGGAGGGUGCUCUACUUUAUCGCAACCGCCUGCUAGAGUUCACAUUCAAAAUCGUCCAGCAGGUUCUGCCGGGGUAA